CAUGUCUUCCUUCGCAUGGCAGUGGGGGCAGCAGUGGCAUUGGCGCGUCCCCUGGAGGACUGGUGGAUUUGUGACCACGCCACCAGCGGCGGUUUGGACUGGCCAAAGCUGAAACUUCAAAUGCAAAGCAUAGCAGGUUGGGAUCCAGGCGUGUAUGGCUUAAAAACGCAAGCACAUACCGAGUUGAUGAUGGUUCUCUACGCACGUGUGGAUCGUUGGCAUCGCAAGGACUCUGAUUGCCCUUUGGGCGAGCUUUCUUUCCGCUGGUUGCUGCUUGCGAGUCAAGAGCAGAAGAAUUUGCUUGGCAGCUUCAAAAGAGUAAACUCUGGAAAGAUCGAAAAUUGGUUGGAUUCUUUGCUUGAUGCUGCAUGGUCUGACGUUUGGAAGUUGGCAGCCCAGUGGCACGAGGUUCUUGCCUCUGGGUGGCCUAUUUUCGCCUUGAUGGGUCUUUGCAGUAAGAAGCUGCGGAGCCUGAGUCUUGGUGACAGCGAGGUUUCGGAGACGUGCCGUGGAGGGGAACAGCUUCAGCGCUUUAGCCUGGCCCUGGAAGAGGAUGGGAUGCUGCCAGCGGCGGCUUUGGAGAAGGCACUUGAAAGUGCAGCCGUCCAGGCCUGCGCCUAUGCUCGCGCCACAGUGUAUGUCUUUGCUGCUGACAUGGUGCGUCGGGGGAGGGAGGAAGGUUUGCUGCUGGAUCUGGAAAGUGGUACAGAGAUGCUGUCCAAAGCACAGGUCGCUGCUCAUUCCUCGCGUGCUUUGGUGGAAGUCAUCAACCCAUGGCCCUUGUGGAAAGCUUUAGAUCGCUUCUCCUGUGCUGGGUUGGUGAAUGUAAGUGUUCAGCAAGUUCCAAACUUCCUUCCCGUGCGGAACUGGUUUUGGAUCUUCGUGAGCCCAACACGAGCAAACCACCAGGACCAAGUGAUCUCCAACAGCGUGCGAGCCAAGCAGCUGCCCUAUUGCAGCCGAGAGUUUCGGAACUCACUGGCGCAGGUUGCGAGCCAAGCACCCAGCCAUUGGCAGCCGCGGAUCGUGGAGGUCGGAGCUCAUUUUGGAGACUGCAUGCUGUGGGCUGCUGCAGCCAUACCAGGAGUGAGAUGCCUAGGCAUCGAGGCAGAUCUGGGCCGCUGGCAACGCUUCCAGCGCUCAGUCGUAGCAAACAACUUCCAGGACAACAUCCAAGCAAUUCGUGCCCUUGCCGGCAGCAGCGAAUACAAGGACCACACAGAGUUUGAGGGCAGCCAGUUGCUUUCCUUUGUGCCAGGUCUAGCACUUGAUGAUGUUUGGAGUGAGCCUUUGGAUGUGCUGAAGAUCCACAUCAACGGUGGGGAGCACUUGGUGUUGAAAGGCGCUCGCAGGAUUUUUGAACUGGGAGUAAAGGCUGUGGUGGUAAGUUGCAAGAACCACACAGAGAUGUUCCGUGUGGUACACUUCUUGUUGAAAUACGACUACGACAUGCAGAUUAGCGGAGAAGCGGUCAAUGCAAGCCUUCGAGGAAAUGGUCUCCUUCGACAUAUUGAGGAGAUUAUCCAGGAAACUGGCCGGAAGCACCUGCAAGCGAUGCAGAGAAAAACAGUUACAGCUCCGGAUCGUUCUGGAUGGGUUGUCUUUGAAAAGUUUCAGCUGAACUCAAACAUGUUAUGA